UCAUUGUCUAUGCUAUAGAUACGCAUCCUGAGCGAUACAUACGGUGUUAGGCUUUUAGCGACAAAUGUAUAGUAAAAAUGAAGGAAAACGCGGUACUUAAGUGGCAAAAAGUUUACAAUCCUACUGGCCCGCAACCACGUCCUCGGCAUGGUCAUCGCGCGGUCGCCAUCAAAGAUUUGAUGAUAGUUUUCGGCGGCGGAAAUGAGGGAAUCGUUCAUGAGCUCCAUGUCUUCAAUACCACCACAAAUCAAUGGUUUGUUCCUGUUACAAAGGGAGAAGUGCCUCCAGGAUGCGCCGCCUAUGGCUUCGUGGUCGACGGCACAAGACUUUUGGUAUUUGGCGGUAUGGUUGAGUACGGCAAGUAUUCUAACGAUUUAUAUGAAUUGCAAGCAUCCAGAUGGGAAUGGAAACGUUUAAAGCCAUUGCCACCGAAGCAGGGUCUUCCACCGUGCCCUAGAUUAGGUCAUAGUUUCACUCUUUUGAAUGGAAAGGUAUAUCUUUUUGGAGGCUUAGCUAAUGAAAGUGAUGACCCAAAGAAUAAUAUUCCUCGGUAUCUCAAUGAUCUUUAUACUUUGGAACUGUAUCCGAAUUCAUCAAUGACAGUGUGGGAUAUACCCUUGACUUAUGGUCAGUCCCCACCACCACGAGAGUCGCAUAGUGGAGUAGCUUAUACAGACAAAAAUACUGGUAAAUCGUCACUUAUUAUUUAUGGAGGAAUGAGUGGAUCCCGUCUCGGUGACCUGUGGGUGUUGGAUGUAGAUAGCAUGUCCUGGUCUCGUCCUGAAGUAGGUGGUCCUGCACCCUUGCCUCGUUCACUUCACACUGCCACUGUAAUUGGACACCACAUGUAUGUAUACGGCGGAUGGGUACCGCUAGUACCUGAUGAAUCAAAACUUGCUACCCAUGAGAAAGAAUGGAAAUGCACCAAUACACUUGCUUCUCUUAAUUUGGAAAAUAUGACGUGGGAUAACAUUGCCCUAGACAAGUUCGAAGAAUGUGUACCUAGAGCACGAGCUGGACAUAGUGCUGUUGCCAUUCAAACAAGACUUUAUAUUUGGUCUGGCCGGGACGGCUACAGGAAAACUUGGAAUAACCAAAUUUGCUGCAAAGAUCUUUGGUACCUUGAGGUCGGUGUUCCACCUCAAGCUGGACGUGUUGCACUUGUACGUGCUGGUACUACAUCAUUGGAGUUAUGCUGGCCUGCAAUGAAUACUAUCACUACAUAUGUUUUGCAAGUACAGAAAUGUGGUAAAGUGGCGCCAGCGCGUUUCCCUCCUGCCGCGGAGCCGGUGACUGCGCCUCCUCCUGUCUCCCCAAUCACUCCGCAACCCGACGCCGCCGCUAAAGCAUUUGGAUUGACAUCGCCUGUAUCAUCAGGAUUGCCCCAGACACCAGAGUUACCCGUACGCCCUAUUGCUGCUGCGGUGUCACCCGCUACACCCAUGGUUACUACGCCACAGAAAAUAUUACCAGGUAGUAUCAAGGUACCUUCCCAAGGUGCCGCUACAGUCAAGAUAACGCCCAAUACACCGACACUAAAACAUGCUACAUACCAAGGCAAAACAGUUGUCAAAUCACCAGCAGCAGGGUCUUCCCAGCAAAUCAAGGUGGCAGCUGUCACACCUCAAGGCGUCACUAGAAUUGUAAGUGGCGUGUCGACGCCGACCACUGUGCGCGUUUCCACAGCUCAAUCAAAUGCACAAAUUGUUCUAGGCAGUGGCUCUUCAGCGGGCACUCCUCGAUUUGUCCAAGUAAAAACUGGUGGUAAUACUGGGGUCCCUGUCAAACUUAGUGCUGGGAAUGUUCCAGUCAAGCUCACGGGCAAUCCAGUACCACUCAAAAUCGGAACUACCAACUUGCAAGGCAAGAUCACUGCAAAUAGUGUUCAAAAGGUUUCACAAGUCGGUACCUCAAAUGUUCCCCUAAAGCUUGGAGCAGGUAAUGUUAAGAUAGGUACUAGUAACGUUCUUGUGAAGACCGCGGGCGGCGUACCUAUACAAGCCGGAGUGGCAAAUAUACAGACAAAAGUAGCAGCUGGAGUGCCUGUCAAACUCGGGGCUGGAAAUCUUCCGGUGAUUGCCAGUAGUGGAGGUACGAUUCAGAUCGCCGGCAGCGCCUUAGGCCAGCAAGUAAAAGCACCAGUGUAUAAAAUUGUAACAGCAAAAUCUAACGAACAGACAGGUACUGUCGCCACAUCUACAGUGGCAGCGGGUGCUACAGUCUUACGUCAAGCGACUGGAAAUGCUGGAAUACCAGUCAUAAUAAAGAAAACGCCAGGCUCUAACGCUCAAGCGAGUAAUGCGCCUCAGUAUGUCACACUGGUAAAGACAUCUACGGGAAUGACGGUGGCGACUGUUCCUAAGAUGGCGAUGGUGCAAAAUAGACCUGCUGUCCCUGUGAGUGCGGCUCAAGGACAGAAUAUAGCCCCAGGCGCAACAAUCGUGAAAUUGGUCUCUGCAAACACAGUAGGUGGUAACAAAAUAAUAACACUGCCCUCCAAUGUACUGCAACUGGGCAAAUCUGGUGUAGGGGGUAAGCAGACUAUUGUUAUCACCAAGUCGGCGAGCCAAGCCGCUUCCUCUAACCAGCCCCAGUGAGCCUGAGCCUGGAUACGUUCACAUUGUGACAUGAGAGUGGAAUGUGCUGAAUCAAGGCGGAUAGUAUGCCACUGCGAAUUAUAUGUUAAUGACACAAACAAACGCAGUGGUAUUCUAGAAUGUAAAUUUAAAUGUGAAACGUUGAUAGUGAGUCGAUCGAACUAAAGUAUAUUUUAAAUCAUAAUUAUAAUAGAAUAUGAGUUUUUGUAUGUUACAUGGGUCUGUGUAGAAAGUGUCCUCAUAGAGUUUUCUAAAAUAUUUUAUUUACUCUCUUAAAAUUAAUAUUAUUGAUAGAAUAAAACAUUAUUGUCUAAUAUAUACAUACAGGAUUAUAAACUACUUCAGGAUCUGUCAAUCUAAUUAAUAGCUAUAAUUUGCUCAUAAUAAGCACUAAUUUCUAUAUGCACUUUGAAUAUUUAUAUAUGAAUUUUAUAAUCCCUGCAUAGUAUAUUUUGUCUAGAAGUUUUGAUGUGUGAUCUUAAACCAAUCACUGAUACGUGCAACUCUAAACCCGAAUUUACGUUACGAAACUAGCGCGAAAUAGAGUGUCGUUGUAUUGUUUUAUUAGCAAUUUCACUUGUAAACGUCCAAUGCAAGUAUUAGUUCCCCCGCCACUAAAUAGUUUCAUGUCAUGCGCAUAUUUUUGAUGAAUAUAGUGUUACGACACGAUCUGCGCAGCGCCUGACAAACCUUACGGAGCCAGUGUCACAGAUAUAUGUUGAUUUCACGCCAUUAUGAAACUAGUUUCAAAUGUGCUGAAAUUAGUUUCGCGAGACUUGUUUCAUCUUGCGUGACACCAAUAUCGUAAUGCAAAUUCGGGUUAAUAUUAAAAUUACAAAUUUGUAUGAUUUUAUUCUACUUGUAAGUUUGAUUCUGAUAAUUUAAAUGUUAACUGUUUAUCUUUUGUAUCUCUCAAAAAAUUGCAUAUCGCAUCUUGAAAUCUGAAAUGUUUCGUCUUCCUCAGUAUCUCGCUAAAGGAAUACACCUGUUUAUAUCUGUAACUCCACUUAUAAUCGGCGUAAAUAUGCAAACCUGCUGCAGAUACUGUUUUAUCCGUAACUUAAAUUGAUAUCAUUAUUCAUAUGGAUAUUUCACAAAGUGCACAAUUCCUAUGAAUAUAGCUUAAAAAAAAAUACAUGGCGUUAGAGUUUUGUUCAGUUAGUUUUAGUUAAAUUACAUUAUUACGUAAUGUUAAGGUAUAUUUAAGUUUUAUAUGACAAAACGUUGUUGAUCAUAUUGAUGUAGUGAUGGAUGUGCUCUUCGAUUGCCUUCAAUGUUAUUUUUCUAAAUCACCUGAGGCUAUUUUGAAAUGAUUCAUCCUGUGGAUCUACCUCGUAACUUGAAUUAGUUUCGUAUGAAAGUUCCGCGGUGUGACCGAUAUACAAACGAGGGCUUCAACAUCAUGGUGAAGCGCAUAUCGUGGAAGUUACGCGGUUGACCCCCUGGAUAUUACGCCCAAUGCAAUAAUGAUGCCUUUAAAUGUGACGUGCGAACUGUUGUGCCUAGAUUUGUUCUCUCUCUCAUGUCGUAUACCUGUGUCUCCUAAAACUAUUUAAACGGGCACUCCUUUUAUUACUUUGACAGCCUAUUGAUAAUUCACUUAUCAAUAAUAAAUAAUGUUCUGUAAGAGAAUAAUUGACAUAAAAAUGCAGAAUAUUAUUUUGAAUAAAUUCUAUUACGUAAUCAAAUAGGAUUUGUCCAUCACAAGAUUGGUGGGUCAAAUUAAUUAUUUGAAAUAUAUUUUUAUUUUACUAAUAAAAUAGAUAUAGUGUGCAAUCUUGUGGAAUGGUAUUCUGCAUUUCUAUAGGCGGUAAUGUUAAGCGUCCUAGAUGUAUUGUACGUAGGGUAAUCACUACUCAGGUAAGCGAGGUAUGGAAUGUAAAUAUCAUUAAGUAGAUAAAUUUAAUGUUAUAGUUUGUUCAUAUUAUGUUCAUUUGCUUGAAUAAAC